AUGGGGGAUAACGGCGGUCAAAAGGAAUCAUUGAGCACUUCACUGCUGUGGUUCUUGGGUAGGUACUACAUCCACUGGAGUCGCCUCCUCAACUCCGUUUCGACACUCCUUAUUGUCUGUAAAGUGAAGAAUAAAAAGGCUCGUCCGAAGCACAGCACCACAGAUCGCCGUUUUUGUCUUCUUUUUUUGACUUCCCGCCAACUUCACCCCAGUCUGACAUUACACCAGAAGCCGUCGCGGCUCGCAUGAAAAUGUUUGAACAAUCACUAUUCAGCACUCCGAAACCCGUCCGCAUAUCGCGGUUUUUUAUUACACGCCCUGGGGUUCUGCUGGUUGUGCGAUAAUGUUCAAGGGGCUUGACGCUAAACCGUCGCUUAUUGUUUUCGACCUUGGUAAGGUUUAUUUUUUAGAUUACGUUUUAGAUGGUACGUUGUGGCCUUUCGACUGCGAUACUUAUGAUGGAACAAAAUUCCACUUAAAGUACAUAUGGUAGCUCCAUGUAUUUCUUUUUUCAGGAACGGUUUGGUUUAUGACGAAUCAAAUACCACCAUUGCUCCGUAUUCCUCCUCAGAGAGCAUCCUGAAACUUCUUAAGGCGGAGCCUGAUAUCAAGCUGGCUGUUGCUUCCAGGUCGUGUUAUUUUCUCGGUUUUUUUCAGUAACAAAAAGUAGGUAACUGACUUCGGUUCCAGGUUGUACAAAUCGGCUUUGAAAGUCUUAGAAGUCUUUUCCCGCCUCUGCAGUCCUUGUUAUUACCAGUCGAUUUCAUUUAUCACCAUAACCUUUGCGUAUUAGUUUCCAUCUAAGUGAAGACUGCGAUGGGAGAGUUAACAUAUGUUAGCUUUACGUAUAUACCUGAAUAUGACAAGGGAUGUGGAAUUGCUAGAGAUUUCAACUAGCUACCCCCACUAUCUGGGUUUCUGGCGAUUGGCACUGAUAAUCAUGGCUUUCUCCACCUGGCCUCCACAACCACUCUGUGGCAUUUAGGGACAGGCGAAUUUUAUGCAACUUAACUAUUAUAAUGAUACUUGGGAGUCGUCUAAGAGCGCUUUUUAUACCAAAAUUUGCUUUUCCCUCUUUCUUCGAAUAUGACAUUGUGAAGGCCCGCCGUCAGGACAUUUGGCUAGUUUCCCUGCAAAAAACCUAAACUUUUAGCGCGUUGUCAAUAUCAGCACUUUCUCGUUGUUUGGCUUUUAGUUGUCUCUAUGUAAUUUUCCACCUCUCUUACAUUCAUGAGUCCUUUUGUUCCUUUGUAAAGUUCUAUACGACCUAUGUAGAUGUGGACAAGUCAAAUGUGUACGACUAGUUUGUACUUCGAAAACUCAGAAACAAGAGUAACUUUGGUAAAAGGUUGCCACCCACAGUUGAAAAAUGUUCUUAGCUGCUAGUACAAAAACAACAGACCUCCUGAGGGUUUGUUAUGCAGCCUGUCAUUUCUUUGCCUUCCGAUACUUGCAUCUAACACGGUUGUCAUUCCAGAAAUAGGCAAAACCCGUUGGCAGUCUUUUAUCUGUUCGUAAAUAGUUCAGUAGAAAAUGAAGUACGCCUUCAAACAGGACCCUGGUCUUCGGGAAGAUCUCCCGCUGCGCAGUAUCUGCUCUCAGGGAAUAAAUGAACCUUUUUGACCAUCAAGCCUCGUAGAGCUAUAAGGAGUAUCUAACAGGAAACUCACUCAUUGUUCUGCUAUUUUUUAUACCGGCCCCCAUGAAAAGUAAAUUGUAUCUCAUACACGUCUCGUUUUCUCCUCAUUUAUCGCAUUCAAAGGAACCUGUGCCAAAAUAUUGUAUCUUUGCAUAGAUAAACUACCCAAAGAAACUCACUCCAUCCUACUUUUUGUUUAGUAUUAAGGUCAGGUUGCUCUCAAAUAUAAGUACAAAUGUAAAGCAGUGUUUUGCCGAUUUAACGGCUGUACGCGCUUCCGUGGGCAUUUUUAAAGUUGUGUCAAAAUAGGUGUCCCUUGAGAGGCCUUGACUGAGCAACCUUCACGACCAUCAGCCUGAAAAUACAAGGAAAUUUCUUAUUUGGGACUUCUGCGAUGUUCUCUGUCUCAGAACGCCCUAUACCUNNNCUGGAGUCGUCUCGUCAACUCCGUUUCGACACUCCUUAUUGUCUGUAAAGUGAAGAAUAAAAAGGCUCGUCCGAAGCACAGCACCACAGAUCGCCGUUUUUGUCUUCUUUUUUUGACUUCCCGUCAACUUCACCCCAGUCUGCCAUUACACCAGAAGCCGUCGCGGCUCGCAUGAAAAUGUUUGAACAAUCACUAUUCAGCACUCCGAAACCCGUCCGCAUAUCGCGGUUUUUUAUUACACGCCCUGGGGUUCUGCCGGUUGUGCGAUAAUGUUCAAGGGGCUUGACGCUAAACCGUCGCUUAUUGUUUUCGACCUUGGUAAGGUUUAUUUUUUUAGUUUACGUUUUAGAUGGUACGUUGUGGCCUUUCGACUGCGAUACUUAUGAUGGAACAAAAUUCCACUUAAAGUACAUAUGGUAGCUCCAUGUAUUUCUAUUUUCAGGAACGGCUUGGUUUAUGACGAAUCAAAUACCACCAUUGCUCCGUAUUCCUCCUCAGAGAGCAUCCUGAAACUUCUUAAGGCGGAGCCUGAUAUCAAGCUGGCUGUUGCUUCCAGGUCGUGUUAUUUUCUCGGUUUUUUUCAGUAACAAAAAGUAGGUAACUGACGUCGGUUCCAGGUUGUACAAAUCGGCUUUGAAAGUCUUAGAAGUCUUUUCCCGCCUCUGCAGUCCUUGUUAUUACCAGUCGAUUUCAUUUAUCACCAUAACCUUUGCGUAUUCGUUUCCAUCUAAGUGAAGACUGCGAUGGGAGAGUUAACAGAUGUUAGCUUUACGCAUAUACCUGAAUAUGACAGGGGAUGUGGAAUUCCUAGAGAUUUCAACUAGCUACCCCCACUAUCUGGGUUUCUGGCGAUUGGCACUGAUAAUCAUGGCUUUCUCCACCUGGCCUCCACAGCCACUCUGUGGCAUUUAGGGACAGGCGAAUUUUAUGCAACUUAACUAUUAUAAUGAUACUUGGGAGUCGUCUAAGAGCGCUUUUUAUACCAAAAUUUGCUUUUCCCUCUUUCUUCGAAUAUGGCAUUGUGAAGGCCCGCCGUCAGGACAUUUGGCUAGUUUCCCUGCAAAAAACCUAAACUUUUAGCACGUUUGUUACAACUCAUUGUCAAUAUCAGCACUUUCUUGUUGUUUAGCUUUUAGUUGUCUCUAUGUAAUUUUCCACCUCUCUUACAUUCAUGAGUCCUUUUGUUCCUUUGUAAAGUUCUAUACGACCUAUGUAGAUGUGGACAAGUCAAAUGUGUACGACUAGUUUGUACUUCGAAAACUCGGAAACAAGAGUAACUUUGUUAAAAGGUUGCCACCCACAGUUGAAAAAUGUUCUUAGCUGCUAGUACAAAAACAACAGACCUCCUGAGGGUUUGUUAUGCAGCCUGUCAUUUCUUUGCCUUCCGAUACUUGCAUCUAACACGGUUGUCAUUCCAGAAAUAGUCAAAACCCGUUGGCAGUCUUUUAUCUGUUCGUAAAUAGUUCAGUAGAAAAUGAAGUACGCCUUCAAACAGGACCCUGGUCUUCGGGAAGAUCUCCCGCUGCGCAGUAUCUGCUCUCAGGGAAUAAAUGAACCUUUUUGACCAUCAAGCCUCGUAGAGUUAUAAGGAGUAUCUGACAGGAAACUCACUCAUUGUUCUGUUAUUUUUUAUACCGGCCCCAUGAAAAGUAAAUUGUAUCUCAUACACGUCUCGUUUUCUCCUCAUUUAUCGCAUUCAAAGGAACCUGUGCCAAAAUAUUGUAUCUUUGCAUAGAUAAACUACCAAAAGAAACUCAUUCCAUCCUACUUUUUGUUUAGUAUUAAGGUCAGGUUGCUCUCAAAUAUAAGUACAAAUGUAAAGCAGUGUUUUGCCGAUUUAACGGCUGUACGCGCUUCCGUAGGCAUUUUUAAAGUUGUGUCAAAAUAGGUGUCCCUUGAGAGGCCUUGACUGAGCAACCUUCACGACCAUCAGCCUGAAAAUACAAGGAAAUUUCUUAUUUGGGACUUCUGCGAUGUUCUCUGUCUCAGAACGCCCUAUACCUUGUGCAAGCAUUUUUGUCGGCGCCCAGUCGCGUAAUAAUUAGUUGACAUCAUGCCUGGCCCGUUAUUUGUCGGUAUUUGUAGUUCCUGAGGUUGCGGCCUUAGUACCGCUGCUGGGCGCUCGCAUGAGUCAUUACUCAAACGAUCAGAAAUCAGCACUAACUUAAAAGAGGCUUCUUCAGUUGCUCAAAGCAGUCUGUAUCGCUAUUUUCGCUACAACGUUUAAUUCUUUCCAUUGCGUGUCCCCAGGCCGCAUACCUGCAAAAGUCACCGCCACGGUCAGGGCAUACUAGUGCUUCACUACUACACAAGUUCUCGUCCAUAACAAUCUCUCCCAACCGUUCGGUAUUCGGUCUGAUGUUCUUGGAAGGGUCUUCACGGUUUUACCAUCGUUGAAUUUGCACCCGGGCGCCCACUGGCUGAUUUCGACUACGGCUGCGACAUCGCCCUGUUAGCCGCAAGCUUCCGUGACCUAUAGUCUGCGGUGUCGCGGGUUAAUAAAGUCGCUAAAUCUAUCAAUCUAUCCAUUAACGCCGUUUUCGAGCUGCAUUCAUAACCAGAAGACACUCAUCAAGAUUACGUGGCUGCCAACUCGAAGGAGCAGGUACUUCCGACUAUUUCAGGUUGAGGCUGCCUCCUAAUAGACAAAAUAAGGAAGUCAUCAUAUUAUAACUCGGUGCUUCUACAAUCCAUAGGAAGUGUCUGUGGACCCGACGCGGCAUCCAUCAUAGCAAGAUCUGUGUGCACCGGACAUCCCUCCGGUCAUUUCUAUACCGCUGUGAAUGCUGGGCUGUGCGAUUGGAAGUUGGGUGAAACUGGUGUUUGGUCACUACUGCCUGCGGACGGGUAAGGUACGUCGACUUCGUCUUAACUGAGAACCAACACUCGCUGAGAAAACACGACGAUGAUAUCUCAGGCCAUUCAAAAAUAACGACUGAGGUAGUUUGGACACGUUCUUCGUCCGCCGCAUGAGCUCAGUGUCGUGGCCGUCAAUCCGGCGCCGUCACCUACCUCAGAGAGCUGGAAAGGUUAGCUCAAAACUUUUUGACACGGUUUGCCAUAACAUGGAAGCGAUUCUAGGACCUUUCGUUAUCGGCCUCCUUCGCUGGAAGAAAGGAUGGGUUGAGAUCUUGAGAUCGGCUGCCGCAGUUGCCGACGUCACCGAUGCUGGCUAGACCACUCAUGAUCGCGGCUGUACCAGGUACAAUUACAACGAAAACCUCGGUGAUUGUUGUCUUCUAUCCCCAUUUUUAAGUUUUGUAUCCGGAGAGCUGCCUUUGAGAUAAUUCUUGAAUUUUAACACCUGCUUCCGCUUCAGGACGCCGACGAAAUUGCCAUCCACAUCGAAUUUAGCACUUCGGUCUGCGGUACUGAAACGCCAGCGACUAAGACCCUUUCGAGACCAACACGGUUGUCACUCCAGAAAUCUGUUAAAUCUGCUCGCACGCCUUUCAUCUGUUAGUAAAUAGUUUUGUAGAGAAUGAAGUAUGCCUUGAAACAGAAACCUUGUAACUGGUAAGCCUGUGCGCCUUCUAGAAGAUCCCCGGCUGCGCAGUAUCUUCUACCAAGUAGAUGGAUCUUUCUGGCCAUCAGGCCUCUUGGAAUAAGUGUGAGCAAGGACGCGAGACCCACCGGCACCACAGCCUUGUUAGGCAAAACAGCUACCCUCAUUAUUUUGACAAGCAGAUCACAGUGUCUUAGUCGGCAACCCUCUGCGCCCGUUUUCCUUGCGUCACAUCCCCUUAGAUGAUGAGUUUGACUGUGAACCCGAAAGGCCAGAAUGAACUUCUUACUCCACUUAGCGCCGCUAUUUCUAUUAGAGUUACCUCUAUCCUAGAAUUCGGGAAUCAAGUCUGUGUGCUUCUUGUUUUUUGUCCUUAGAACCACCAGUCCAAGCGUUGCUCGCCAACUUCUGCACAUGUAUUCCUGGUCCGGUCUGUUCGACUACAUGGAGAUCUAUCCUACCUCCAAGAUCCAACAUUUCACGGCGUGCGUGUUUCAUUUUCUCUCCCAUAUUUCUGGUACUCAUUUCACAGAAAUUUUCAAGAGCGAAUUGAUCAUUGAGGACAUAAGGGAUAUCCUCAGUUAUAUUCAUGAUUCUGACAAACUUAAUUGCGUUCUUUCCGAAGCAUGAAGCCGUUUCUGGUCAGCAUAUUUUAAGGGUAAUAGGCAAUGCCUUUGAAAACCCCUCGUGAGAUCUAAUUUAUUCAAGCGAUACCUUGCAGACAGCCCCAAUAAUUUUCAAAUUUUAAUGAAGGCGGCUGACAACGGGUAUCGUUGCUCACAGCCGUCCUUUGGGAUCCAUCCUUUUCGUGUCUCGGCUUUUCGACCUGUGAUUCGUAAUGCUGCAUUGCUACAUCCAUUGUGUUUUGAAAACCUGAUGUGACAGAACCGAGACCAAGGUUCGCGUGCUCGGGAAGGGGCUUCCGUCGGGUUUCCAUCGAAGUGCGUCAAAUAUGUAGUCUUUCGACGCUACUGUUGGACUACACGAUUUACCGACACACGAUUCCAACGUCAUACUAAAUCCUGUCCCAUGUGCUGUGUAACCGACAAUGGAGGCGUCGAUACCACCGACUCUCUUCUCAGACUGGGGAUAAGGACGACCAAUACCUCUGAAUGUUAACACCCCUGCUUCCGAGGUGGAAAAUCUGUCCGGUCGUGGUAGGCGGUCGAGUCCCUGAGUCAUUUAACAGCUUCUUUUGUCUUGGAUUAAACGUCCCAUAAAACAGGCUGAGUAAAUGAAGUCAGACCAUUGGAAAGCCAAGCAAAUAAUGUCUUGUGUGCCAAAAUAUUGUCAGCUCCGUAGCACUGUUCCGUAACUUGAACAUUUUCAAUCUCAUAAAGUGGCUACCAAGUCGCAUUUUGCCUCCGGCCGACAGCAUUGUCAACGGGAGGUAAAGUCGACCACUGCGCUUCUGUUCAACGACUGAUGGCACAGCUAUGUUCUGCGUCGUCUUGGAAACGUGUCAUCCUGCCCAAACGCGGCGACGGCAUCAAGGUAACCAACUGAAGACAUAGGUGGAUGCGAUGACAGCCGACAGCUGGCUCUGCGGAACUAGCACAAACUGGCUCGCCUUCACUCGGGAGUCUGCGGUGACUCCGUAGCGUGAGAUCGCCUACCAAUUAUGUUGAACGUUCUGGAGCACGUAUAGGAAAUAUCUCAGCUAACAAAAUGAAGAGUAUUCCUAAAACUGCAUAUGCCCGCGAAUAAAAAAACGUAGUAGCGGAACUUCGCGCCGAUCUAUAUAUGCACAAUAGUUUCCAGUCAUUUUCGAGAGGGACGCAAAGUAAAUCUCUAACUCGCAGUAACCAAACCCCUUCGCCUUAGAUGUCAUAGAUUCCGCAGUUGUCAACCGCGUAUCUGGGCCUCGCCGUCGGUCAUGUUCACCCGUUCAGGGUGGUGGGCAUCUGCUAGGCAAGCAUGGUAACGACAAGACCGACCAGCGUUGUCAAAAUAACUUUUCUACAGGGGUGUGAGGCAUUAUGAGUGGGCCCAGGAGACACCCCUCGUCCGAAGGCGUUAAAUAAAUGGCGCUUACACUUCACUCUGAAUUCGUGUUCCCAAUCACGACUAGAUAGUUAGUCAGGAAUCCAACCAGCCAAUGGCGGAAGCCCUCCUGGUGUCGUCUCGUCCAGUCCCGAUCCUGGCCGGCAACUAGGCGGUCGACUGAUGGCGUGAAUGGACAUGGCGGAACCCGGCCUCGCGCACACUUUUUCGCUUAGAAGCCCGCCAUUGCCCAGCUACAGCGGAAGGCAAUCAUUUUUAUUGAGAGGGAGCCCGCCGAACUAAUCAUACGAAGUGCUGUCACAAUCACAGGCACAUGUUAGCUGCCAACCGAUGUCACGUCGAAGCCAAUGAUCGAAUGUCAUGCGUAACUUACACUUACGCUGACCGUUUAGCUUACUGGAAUUAACUCCCCGAGGAUUUUCGCAUGAUUGCAAGACUGUUUUCUUUACGGUUUCGACGGCUUGCUUUCAUGAUAGAGUCAACGCCUGCUAGAGGUGCAUUCCCAACUCCAGACUUUCCCGUGGACAUCGACUAUGACCAGCACGGAAAACACAAAAUGAAAUAAUGAUAGCCAACAUUACCAUCACCACCACAAUGAGGAAGUGCGACUCGAUCUGCCGAUAUCACGACUUACAAAAACUUCUCGGUAUAUUGUGAAAGUGAAUACAGAAAAUGAAGGACGGGCGACACAGGGGAAAAGUACUUGUACUUUAUACGGCUGCGACCAUGCCUGACCUAGCCGGCCUCGAUGAUGUCACGGACUGUACCUCUCCACGCGUGAAGAUCCGCGGCAGCAAAUCUGGACAGGUCAACCCAUUCUCUUCGCCAACGACGGAGACCGAAUACCGAAGGCCUAAGAACCACCUCCAUGUCUUGACGAACUGUCGAGCCAGGUUCUGAGUUGACUCCCUCUUCGACGCCUCCAAUAAGGAAACGGUGCUGGAUCGAGGGCAGUAACACUGAGCUCCUGGAUUGGACGACGAAGAACAUGCCCAAACCACCACAGUCGUCUUUCUUGGAUGGUCAAAGUUAUCCUUGCGAUGUUGUCACAGCGAGCACGGACUGUCUCAUUUGAGACAAAGUCGGCGAACUUCAACCGAAGGACGCUCCUCAAUGGUGAUCAAAUACCUCCAGUUUUCGCCCGUCCUUCACUUGCAAAGCCUAGCAUUCGCAACCGCAGAGAAGGACAGACCGGAUAGAUGCACGGUACACGCGAAUCUUAGUGGCGAUGGAGGUCGCGUCGAAGGCUUGAAAAAACCCGGCGGGCAGCAUCAAUUCGGGAGACAAUGUCGUCCUUACUCUGUCCAUUAGACAGCAGCCUCGCCCCUAGGUAUUUAAAACUGUCUACUUCUUAAAGUUGACAGCCAUCAACCCCGAGAGGUGUCGCCUCCUGGUCAGGGAUGCAGCUUGAAAACACUAGUCUUUCCAGCGUUUAUGGACAAACUGACCGAGUUAGGAGAGAAGUAGUCAAUAGAGAGCCUACCUGAAGGUGCUGUGGGAGCACUGUGGCACGGCAGCGCCUCGAACUGAAGUGUGUGGGGAUGCCUAUUCCGUCAGCGGGAUCUAGUUUCUAGGGAUAGGGUCUUCGCACAGCCACCAGACACCCGUAGAAUGCCACCUAACCAACAUAGAUGGCGGUGCUUAACUGUUUAGUCGAAAUAAUGUGUAUCAGCGCGUAACUUUGUUACUGUCAGCUUGUGUCUUCUGUAUUCUUUUAUGCAUUCUCAUUAUUUGCGUGCAUCAGCUUCAGUUAUAGCUCUGUCCCCCCCCCCCCCCCCGCUAAAGACUCCCUAGGUUCUCCUUUUGCAUCGUUUUAGAUUGAGGAAGAAGUCUAAUAUACCCUUCAGCGAAAUGCUGUUCUUUGAUGAUCUGUCUUGGAACAUCAGCGAAGUCAGUCGCCUGGGUGUUCACGCUCACCUUGUGCACAACGGCGUUGACGCGCAUGUCCUCCGGAAUGCCCUCCUGGAUUUUGCCAAGCACUCAACCGUAACAAUACAAACUUAG